AUGUACUUACUUUCAUCCUUCCAUACCUAUUUCACUAUCUCAUUAUAUAAAUCUUGUUUAUUCAUAUCAAUUUCAAACCCUUCACAUUUAUCUACAUCACUCGUUUUGUCUCUUUCAGUCCUUUCAUCUUUAAAUCUCUCUGGCAUUUUGUAUCUAUUUGAUCCAUCUGCUCGCCUUGGUCACCCUGCACUCAUCCGCUCGCCUUGCUCAUCCUGCACUCAUCCGCUCGCCUUGCUCACCCUGCACUCAUCCGCUCGCCUUGCUCACCCUGCACUCAUCCGCUCGCCUUGCUCACCCUGCACUCAUCCGCUCGCCUUGCUCACCCUGCACUCAUCUGCUCACCUUGCUCACCCUGCAUCUAUGUCUCAGUUUUCUUAUAGCCAUCUAUCCACCUAUUUCAAUGUACUUAUACUGCCUCAAUCUGUUCAUAUCUACAUAAAUCUUUUCAUAUCUAUCAAUCUAUCAUAA